AUGGAGCCAGAACCCACCAUCGAAGUGAACAUAGUUGCCCUCAGAUUACCCCCAUUUUGGGACAAGACCCCAGAGUUAUGGUUUGCGAAUAUCGAGGCCCAGUUUGCUAUCUCUUGUAUCACGAAAGACUGUACCAAAUACUACGUGGUCGUCUCCGCUCUCAAUUCCGACAUUUUGAACUAUGUGAGCGACAUCGUUCUCAAUCCACCUGCCAAAAACCAUUACAACACGCUUAAGACACAACUACUUGCCAAUUUCUCAGACUUGAAGCAAAGGCAAAUCAAAGCACUAUUCUCGGACAUCACAUUGGGAGAUGAAAAAUCAUCCCAUUUACUGAGAAAAAGGAAGCAAUUAGCCAACAACAAAUUGGGGAAGAUUCCUAAAAACCUUAUGGCUACAGCUACUGCCACAACAGACUCAGGCGAUCCUGGCAGCCUCCAACGACGGCUUAGAAAACUUAGCUACCAUGGCUGA